AUGCCUCUCGACCGAGCUCGCUUCAUCGUUGACGAUACCACAAAUGUCGUCACCAUCUUCGAGCCGCCUGCGCCUAGCCGCGGAAAUCUUGAGGCCAUACCAGCAGAGCUGAGGGAGAUGAUCUGGCAACACUGUCUCGGCGGCUCAGAUUGCCACCUCCCGUUACCUCGACUCACUCUCCUCCGUCCCUUCAACUUCUUUGGUCCCGCAAUGCCGUUGCUGCGCGUCAAUUCCACAAUCGCCCAGGAAUACCUCACCUUCAUGGUCAAUCGAGUCGGACCUGGCAUCUUUGUCACACUCGACCGCACCUUCCAACCUUCCGCACCCUACACGCAUGCCUUACAUCACAUGGGUCUCUGGUUCAUCAUCGACUUUCCGUAUCGAUGGAGUCCAGGAAAAUACAGCCAGGCGGUGUCCGAGAAUAUCCGGACUCUGCUCCAAUUGCUGACAGAAGUGCCGAACCUGAAAUGGCUGGGCAUCACCGGUAGAGUGUACGAUCAAGCCGGAGUCAAGGCCAGCAUUGCCAUCGUGAAGCUUCUCAUGCGGCAGGCGAGCAAGUCUGCCAAUCCACAGCAGCUCAUCGCUUGGAUUUGUUUCGGUCGCGAGGAAGAGUCGUUCUGGCGGAGGAAGUGGAGUGCAGGCAAAGAAAUGGGGGGCCAGUCGAAAGAGCCGGCGCAGAAGUUGAUUACGUGGGUUUGA